AUGAGCACUGAAGGGCUCUCCCCACCGAGGAAGCGCGCGCGUCUCCGCGCCCAAGAACCAACAGCGACAACGACGUCGUCCCUUCCACCCCCACCCACCCCCCUCCGUCCGUCCGUCCCGUCUCCACCGCCUCCUGAAGCGCCUCCCAUGUCCACGACUGAUCCAACCACCACCUUCCCCAUAGCGCCCGUACCAGAAGCAGCAGAAGAGGCAGAAGAAGCGCAGCUGCUUCCAGACCUGACCAUGUCGUCCUUUCUGCUCUUGGCGCGCGGUCGUCUGGAUGCCUUGGCCGCAGACGAGUCGCCUUUGGUCACUUGCGUCUCGUCUGCUGCGCCUGUUGCCGCUCCUGAUGACGCUCUGGACGUGCUUCAUUCAAGGCCAGAGGUACUAGCAGACGAGCCCAUGCCAUUGGCUGUGGCUGUUGCUGCUGAGGAGUCGACGACGGAUGACGAGGAGCUCCAGCAGCUCUCGCUGGUGCGUCUGGAGCCUUUCAGUAGCAGCACCGCCUUGUCCAAUGGGUCAACGGCAAGUGCUUGCACUGCAGCCGUGGAGUUGGCGUACGAAGACGUGGAGUCGUUUUUGUUCAAUGUGGCCAAGGAACAGAAGACGCAGGAGCUGCACAAAGGCAUGCGGACGGUGUUGCGAGCGAGGAACGUGGAAGAACUGCUGCCCAAGUUGUUGACAGCGGAAGAUGAGACGGGGCUGACGCUCUUGAUGAUUGGCGUGCGUGCAAACGACCACGUGUUUUGCAAUAUGCUACUGGAUGCCGGUGCUGACGUGAAUUUUAAGACUAAAAAACGCACGUAUGCGCUGCUGCUUGCUGCGCAAAAGGGAUGGGACGACAUGACGAUGUUUCUGCUCGAGCGCGGUGUGAAUGAAGAGUCGAAAAACAUGGCACUUAUUCCUGCUGCUCAUUUUGGGCACUUGUCGGUUGUCAAGAUGCUGCUUGAGACUGGAGGCGACCAAAACUAUGCAAAUAAGAAAGGCACGACCCCGCUGAUGCGUGCAGCGCAGGAAGGACGUGAGGGCGUCGUGGGGUUUCUGAUCAAGGAAGGAGCAGACUCUUGUGCUGCGAAUAACGAAGGCAUGACGGCGCUCAUGCUGGCGGCACAGCGAGGGCACGCAAACAUAGCCACGAUGCUCAUGAAGUCGGGUUCGAACGUAAAUAAACAGACCCGGCAGGGUAGUACGGCGCUGCUUCUGGCCGCUAAACGUGGCCAUACUGCUGCAGUCGAAGCGCUGAUGACAGCUGGUGCAGACAUUUUUCUGAAAGACGACCGGGACAAGACAGCGGCCGAGACUGCACAGCGGCGAGGUCAUGUGGACUUGUUUUUGAAGAUUUCGGUGCAGAACCAGCUCCGGUUGAUGCGAGAAGAUCUUAGACGGAAGAGGUGCUACACGCUCAUGCGUUUGUCGACGCUGUACGUCCAAUCGCGCGCGGAGCUGACACUGGCAUUGAAGGAUCAGAAGCAGCAGCAGUACAAGACCUUACUGGACCGUACGCUGCGCCUGCCGAAGCCCCUUUUGCAAGACAUUGCGCUCUUCUUGCCGCUCUGCCGCAUGUGGGACCGUCAGCUCCGUUACCUACGAUAUGAAGCGGUGCCGCAGCCCAAUCGCGUGGUGCAGCAAGGAAUUCGCAUUUUGGACGAGGUGCUGCUGAGUGUGAGUUUGGAAAUGCGACCAAGUUUGCACCGUAUUAAACACGAGUGUGGUGGGCCGCUACAUGUGACGGGCCAGCUCGGGCUAUUGCGCGACAGUAAAGAGUACCGUGGACUGUUUACGACGGAGUUGCGGACCCCCAUGUCUGCGCGCAUGGUGCAUCAGCUGCGACGCAUGGCCGAUAUCCAGGGAGCGCUGUCCACAUACGCUGCAGGGUCAGCGAUUCAGUUUGGCGUGGAAGUAGCGCAGGAUGUGGUGGCAUUGCUCACGGACCUGCUGAAUUGGGAUACCGCUCGGGUAUACCAGCAAGCCGAGCUACUGGAGUGA